AUGGAUAUCUCCAAGAACGAGUCCGUUCGCGAGUUCGAACGGAUGGACACCUUGGAGAAGUACAUCGAGAAUGACAGAGACGAUUCCGAUUCGAUUCGAUCCGAAGCUCUCGGAGAUGAUCUGCCUCCCGGUUACUUCUGGUCCCCUCGGUUCCUGGGUGCAAUGGCGGGUUUCUGUCUCUCUGCACUAUCGGCAUACAUCUUCCUGAUCCUGCCGACCAACGUCUUGACAUUUAUCAACGCCGAUAUUGGCCCGAGUCCAUAUAUCUCUUGGGUCAACAUUGCCCGAACGCUCUCCCUCUCCUUUACUUACACCAUUCUUGGCCGCCUGUCCGAUCUCUUCGGUCGACGAUGGUUCUUUAUCGGCGGCAAUUGCGUCGCUAUUGUAGGCAUCAUUGUUUGCGCCGUCGCGCAAAAUGUCAACACCCUCAUCGUCGGCGCAGCGAUCUACGGGUUGGGAGAGACGGUGCAGCUGAGCUUUAACGUUGCGGUUGGCGAACUGGUUCCCAACAAGUACCGACCCAUGGUUCUUUCCUGCAUUUUCGCAACGAAUGCGCCCAUCGCCACCUUUGGCCCCAUCAUCGCUCGCAAGUUCGUCGAAAACCCCAAGCUGAGUUGGAGAUGGUGUUUCUACAUCAACAUCAUCGCCGUUGGCCUUGCCAUCGUCCUCUUGUAUCUGUUUUACCACCCGCCAACAUUUGAACUCCUUCACGACCGAAAGACCAAGGGACAGCUGCUCAAAGAGCUUGAUUAUCUCGGAAUUUUCUUGUGGACCGCCGGCUUGACCCUACUCUUGAUGGGUGUCUCUUGGGGUGGAGUCAUGUUCCCCUGGGACUCCGCAGCAACCAUCUCGAGCUUGGUUAUUGGUGUCGGCCUGCUUGUUGCGCUCUUCUGCUGGGAAGCAUUCGCGAACCUCACAUAUCCUGCCAUUCCCGUCAAGUUCUUUGCCAACCGUGGCUUCAUGGCUCUCGUCUGCUGCGCAACGGUUGCCAGCAUGUUCUACUACUCGGCCGUCCUCCUCUGGCCUCAGCAGGUUCAGGCCUUGUACACGACGGAUAUCAACUAUGGUGGCUGGCUCUCUUCUACAGUAGCGAGCUCGACUGCACUUGGCCAGGUAUGUGCCGGUGCAAUCGUCAAGUGGGGAGGAAACGUCCGAUACUGGAUCAUCUUCUCGACCUUCGCCAUGGUUGGCUUCGUCGGCGCUCUCGCCUCUUUGACUCCUGAGACAUUGAAUACAGGUAUCGCUCUCACGAUUUUGGGCCCUUUCUUCGUCGGUUUCAUCGAACUCGCGUCACUCGCUUUGGCGCCCCUUUUCUGCAAGCCCGCAGACAUCGGUCUGGCCUCGGGUCUGCUGGCAUCCAUCCGUUCCGCGGGAGGUUCUAUCGCCGUUGCUGUUUACACCUCGAUCUUGUCCAACCGCCUCGCCACCACCAUCCCCGCGGCAAUCACCCAGCCAGCUACUGCUGCAGGAUUCCCCGCCAGCCAGAUUCCCGCGCUUGCAAAGGCAAUUCAAGGCAACAAGUUGAAGACCUUCCCAGGCUUGAGCACGGCUGUCAAGGAAGCCGUCUCAAAGGUCCUGCCUACUGCCUACUCCAACGCAUUUGAGACCGUCUAUCUCGCUAGUUUGGGUUUCGGAGCCAUCGCCAUUGUCGGCUGCUUGUUCUCGAUGGAUGCCCAGAAGCACCUGACCAACAAGGUCGAGCGUCGCAUGAGGUGA